CACAGUUACACCAGGUUACACAUACUCUAAUGGCUACGGGUGUUCACAUUAUGGUGGACUAUUCACGGUAAUAACAGAUAUAACAACACAAAAGGGUUGAUUUGGAUUUUAGGUGGUUACUGAAGACCACUACAAAGCCAUGGCAGCUGAAGGCAGCUCCGUGGACAAAUAUGAUGUUCAGAGUGACCUCCCCUCUCUGGAGUGGGAAUUGAACCUCGUGCUCGACGACAUCGCACAGGAAAUGACUGAGGAUGACGUCGACAGGAUGAAAGAUUUCUGUUCUGGUGAAGAGGGGAUACCCGCCGGCGUCCUCGAUAAAAUCACCUCUGGCCGACAGUUCUUCAAGCUACUAAGACGCCAAUGCUAUCUAGACAGGCACAACCUCUUAUAUUUGCAAGCAAUGCUGUGGAACCUUGGAAAACAGAGGAGAACAUUGUACAAGAAAUUAUCUGAAUUCGCUAAGCGUUGUGAAUUAGAGCCUCUAAACUUUUUCACAUAUGAGGAAACAAUAAUACCAGGUUUCCAGUAUGUACACUUCCAUGUUUCGGGUACGGACACAAGUAGGCGAGAUAUCGACAGACUUCAAGCUCUAGUUGCAAAACUUGUACGAGCACCUCUUCAUUUGGUACAUGUUUCUGGUGUACAGCCUUUCCGUAGUAUUAUUAUCACCUUCCGUGUCCCAGUCGACUUGGUGGGGGCCCUAAAGCAGCUCACAGCGGAGGAGAAAGGACUCUUACAGGCGGAAGGCAUAGACAGUUUCUUUAUUGACGAAGAGGAAAUCAGAAUAGCACAUGAGAAAUCAGACAUCCCAGCAAGACUGAGUGAACGAGAUGAAGUUAUCAAACUUAUGAACAGAAACCGGAAGCUGGAAAAAGAAGUAGAAAGCCACCUACUAGACAUUUCAGAAGAAGAAGGGAAGGUUGACAAACUUCAAGAUGACUUGCAGAAAAUGAACGACACUUUUCGCCAGGUUUUAAUAAUAUUGAUGGAUGGUAGGAAAAUGCAGAAGCCUAUUGACUUUGAAAAUGAAACCAUUCUUGCUAGGAAAAUAAAAGAAUUCGAGAUUAAGUAUCCCAGAUGUUCCAAGCAAAUGCAGGAGCUAUUAUUGAUUAAGGGCGUAGUUGUUCAGCAAGCCCAGAUAAGUGAAUGGAGCAACUACAUCAAUACCAUGGUUACAGAUUGUGAAGUUUUGUAUAAGCAACUACAUCGUGACAUGUAUGGACCAUUCUCGCCUCUCUACAGCGAUCCUGUCGACUGGCAAAAUGAAGAUUUGAAAUCGGAGCCUUCUACUCAAGGCAAUGUAACAGAUUCCUUUGUGUCCGGAGAAGAGGCGGUCCUUAACGAGCUGUCUAUGUUACUGAACGAUGAUGACAGAUCAAAAUUUAGAGGAACUGUUACGCUUUCAGCAGAGGAAGAGGAAACUCUGAAGAAGUCUCCACAAUACUUUCUUGGAAUACUAUUAAAAAAGGAAACACUUCCGGCCGGAAAGGACAAAAGACAGUACCUGGUUGAAAAACUACAAGCAAGUGGAAUGAGCGAUCUGGAGGAACACGUCACACGGUGUUUUGAUGCCGCAACGUGUCAAACCACUAAUGAGGAUGAUGUCGCCAAGCUUGACCUUGUUCAUCCAUCUGCAAUGUCCACCCCGACAGCUGGACAGCCAAUUUUUCAUAGAUCAUUUAGUGACGUAUUCCCAAAGUCAUCUAAUGCCUCGUACAAAGCAGAUGAUAUAUACCAAACAGUAGUAGCGUUCAGAGACAUCUUACCAGAAUUACUGAAACAGCUCCCCGCAACAGACAGUCUUAAACACAGAACCAGAAUGUCAACCACAAUAGAGGUAGAUUAACAGGCCAGUCGGUUAACACUGGAACACAAAAUAUAUUGGAAAUAUUCUUAAUUUUCAAUAUCUAUUGAUAUGAACAAUAAAAACACCUACAUGUGUGAGAAAAGACAUGUGAUUGGCUGAGAUGGGACACCCUUGUAAGCCACGACAACUGUUUUGAUUCU